GACGAUUUGACUAAAUUACAAAAUGUUAGGAAAACGGAUAGUGAUACUAAAAUGUAUUUUCGGAUAGUAUGGAAUGAAACUGGAUUCGGAUAAAGAUUUGAUUAACUCUCUUGAGUUUUAAUUUGGCAACAAAUAUAAUGGCGACAGCAGGUGCUAGUAUUUGUACAGACCACAGUGAUGCUGUGGAGUUUUUUAAGCCUGGAGGUCUUUACUUCAAACCUAUUGCCAGGGUUAAUAUAUGCGUCCAACUGCCGCCACUCAAGGAGGCUGGGAAGUCCAUAUCAAACUGGGAGGUAAUGGAAAGAAUUAAAAACAUGAUAAAGCCACAUGGAUUCAUGUCAUUGAAAAUUAUCAAAAGUACUAUGGAGUUUAUACGGUUUGAAGGCGAGUUAGAAAAUAAAGACCUUGUUCUAGUUGUAAUGCAAAGACUUGAAAGUAAAUCAAUUAAGCUGAGUGGUUUUCAUGAACAGCUUAAAGUGAAAGCUGGUGAAGCUAAAAUUGCCUUUCCCGGCAGACAUGACUGGGAUGCCUAUUUCAGGGAUGCUAGAAACAUGAACGAGAUGAGACCUGGUGAAAGACCAGAUACAAUUCAUAUCCGUGAUAUCCCAACAAGGUGGUUUGCAUCUUGCCACAGUAAGGACAAAACUAAACCCAGUGAGGAGUAUUUAAAAAAAGUGUUCUCACAGUUUGGUGACAUAAGAUGUGUAGAUAUCCCUAUGUUGGAUCCGUACAGAAAAGAAAUGACAGGCUUAGUGAAGGUAGGAUCAAUAAAUACAUUCACCUUCGGGCAGGAUCUGGUGUUUGAUGCUUACAUUCAGUACAAGGAGUAUAUCGGAUUUGUGAAGGCCAUGGACAGGUUGAGAGGGAUGAAAAUGCUGUAUAUGGAUGAGGAGGAGAAAUGUGCAGUCGCAAACGUGAGGGUGGACUUUGACAAGACGAAACACCUGACAGAUAAGGCAAUACGUAAACGCCGUCUGGACAGGGAACGACUUGAAGAAUUGGAGCGUGAGAGAGAGGACCGUGUGCGGCGAGAACGGGAAGAACAGGAGCGGAAACUGCUCGAGGAAGAGCGAUUAAAAAAUGAGGAGGAAAUCGGGAGAGAGCGCAAACGUCAGGAAAAACUACAGAGACGAGUGGAUCGCCGGAAAGAACGUGAGCAAAAGAGAAAACAGAAACAUCUGGAGAGAAAAGAGAGAGAGGAAGAGAGAAAGAUGCAGCAUAAGAUUGCGCUGGAGGAGAGAAAGUUCCUCCUUGCUCAGCGGAAACUGGAGUCCAUCAGGAUUAUGACAGAACUGUUUGAGAGGGUGAAGGUGAUCAAGGUGAAGGAGGACGUGGCCCGCAGGGAGCAGGAGCUAGAGGAGGAGCGGACACGGCAGGUUGAGCAAGAGAAAUCAGAACGGGAGGAGAAGGAGAAACAGAGGCAGGAACAGGUCCGACGACGGAAGGAGCAGCUACUCAGACAGGAGCAUGAACUCAGGGAGAAAAUCCUCAAGAAAUUCAAGAACACAGAGGAACACAAACAAGAACAAAUGCGUGAGCAGUUACGUAAAAAACUUUCAGGGAGAACGAAACUGAAGUCUGCAGUGGUGAUGAAGAGAUGACUAGAAGAAGUGCUGGCAGAACAGGACAAGGAGCUGGAUAGAACGAGUCAACUUCCAUACAUGAUCGACGCCACCCUUGUACAACAGCUCUCUAGGCAGCAGCCUCUGGAGGAUGAAUGAUCAACAAAUGUCUUACGGACUAAAAUUUAAGUCUUUGACUGCAGUUGUUGUUAUUUUACCAUUGUUUUAUAAAAAAGAGGUGGACUUAAAGAUAGAUAAAAAAUGUAGACUUAGCAUGUCACAAAAAAAUGGAAGUGCUGUUUAUCAUGACCAAGAAACAAUGUACAUGUGCAACAGGGUAAACUUCUGAACUGAUCUCAUUGAAAAAUAACAUAUGGUAUGGUUAUGUACAUACCACUGGAAGUGUUUUAAUAAGGUGCACAACCUUAAUAUGUUAAUUUAAUGUGCAAAGACACACAGCAUACUUUGGAAGUGUUUGAAAGAAAACAAAGGUUUAACUAGGGUUAGAUUAUAUCUCGUUGAUCACUGAAACGAGUUCUUCAGAUAAGAUACAGAACUGUUUUGCCAUUUCAGCUGUAUCAUACAGUUCUUGAGUAAUGUUUUGUUUACUAAUAUACUGCCAGCACAGAUUUUGAAGUUGUACAAAUUCAUCUUUAUUUUGGACUUUUUGUUACAGUUACUAAGCCAUUGUCAUAUUAUACUGUUUUAUUUUUUUAUGCCUUUCAUAUUUUUUUUACUGUUUUAAAUAUCUGAUUCUAUGCUUUUUCUGAGGAUUUUUGAAAAAUGUGGAAAAAAAUAUUUCUUUUGUCUUUUUAGAACAUUUUUUUGGAUUAAUCAGACCAGUAUCAAUGCUGAAAAACUGCCAUCAGUGAAUAAUUUAACUUUUGUAACUUUUAAAAAAAAUUUUUUUUAUACUGGUUGAAAUAAUCAGACUGUUUUAUUACAUGUUUUAAUGCUAAAAAACUGCCAUCAUUAAAUAAUAAAUCUUUUGUUAGUACCUUUUGAAAAACAAUGCAAUAAAACGAGAUAAAACAAUACAGAUGUUUUCU